AUGAGAAGCUCCGGAAACGUUGUUUCUCGAUGCCCUUGGCUUCGUAGCUUAAACCAGAGGCCCAGGGGAAAUGGAACCUCUUUGGUUUUGGCUCAAUCUUCUCCGGUUAACUCUGGGGCUGGGGCUGGGGCUGAUGCAGAGAUAAACAAAGCUCUUGCUUUGACAGUUCCACCGAUUAUGCCAGGCUACACCAAAGAAAUGCGUAAUGCAGAUCUUCUAUAUGUCUCACAUUCGGAUCCAACGGAGAGACAAGCACGCAUCCUAAGGGUACAACAAUCCAUCAAAGAGAAAUCUGGUUAA